AUGACGCCAUGGGUUUCGCAAUAUGUUGAUGAUUCCAGGAACAAUGACAGUGGCUCGGUAGAUGAAGAACUAGGCGUUGGAGCAGCUUUUCUUGUCGAUAGUAUCGUGUAUGCAUUGGUAGGAUGCAUCGCAGGUGUUCAGCUCGUACGUAAUUGCUGUCGUUAUCGUCCUUGGACUAUUCAGAAGAUGAUUCACUUGCUCAUGUUUGUCGCGGCGCUUGAUCGGUCAAUCUUCUUGGCAUUAGUGGGUUUGGAUUGGUGCGACGUUUUGUCUGGACAAGUCAACGCGUCAAAGUGCUCGAUCUCUGAGCGAGAUCUAUUCUACGUCUUGAAUCAAGUACCGAUUCUGUCGUUUUUUGCAAUAUAUGCGCUGCUAGUGCAGUUUUGGGCAGAGGUUUAUUACAACGCAGUUGACAAGUUGUUGACGUUGACAACAAUCGUUAAGCCUGCUGUUCGAUGGUUUAUUGUGAUUGUGCUGUUAGUUCAAGUGUUGUUUUGGGUAUUUUACGCAUCAGUGUGGCGAAAUGAGCAUGCAUUCUUUACGAGAACACAAGCUAUUCUCAACAUGGAGCUCUUUGUAGUUAUCGCCACCGCUUUCAUUUACUUUGGAAGGAAAGCUUACAUUGAACUGCGAUGUGUGCCAGUAGAAUUGAAAAUCCGGUCGAGAAAGUUGAAUGAGUUAGCGGUCAUAACAUCGGUCGGCACGUCCUGCUUUAUGACACGUUGUGCUCUACAAAUCCUUUUGUCUACGGAGAGACGGCAACUACACGACCACAGCACUUGGUUUGUUGUGGUGGUGUAUUAUGCUCUCCUGGAAAUUGUGCCAGCGCUGUCGGUGUUAUAUUUCAACUGCCGGCUUCCUCCUUGCCGAACACGUGGAGGUUUACCCGCAACUUCGAGGCCUAUUCGAGGCCGAAGUCUUUUCUAUAGCAAGGGCAUGGGUGCUGAUAGUGCUUCCGAUGGACGUGAUUCGUUGAGGACGAGUUUGCUACGCGAGUAA